AUGCUUCGGAAUCUGGUGCGUCUUCUGGUGCUUCCACCACCCGGCCUUCGUUGUAAAUCCACUGGCCAUCUUGACUACUCCCGGUAUCCAACCCUCCAAGAGUCGGACAUCGAAGAGACCUUCACACGGGGUAGUGGGCCCGGUGGCCAGGCGGUCAACAAGACGUCUAACUGUGUGUUUCUCCGCCACCUGCCCACCAACAUAACCAUCAAGUGCCACACACAUAGACUGGCAUCUAAGAACCGGGUGGAGGCUCGAAAACUGCUCCUCGAGAAGCUCGACGCUCAUUUAAAUGGAGAGAACUCUAUAGCGGCACAAAUCAAGGCCCAAGAGCAGAGGAAAUCCACCGAGCGGAGACGCCGUCAGAACAAGCUGCAGGAAUUAAAAAAGAACUGGCAGGAUAGAGAACGCACCGAUGGGGAUUAAUCCUUGAG